AUAACAACAUGUAAUAUUACUCCAAAAUAACAUGUACAGUGAAAAUUCAUAAACUAAUAGUAAGUAAUCAAUAUUCAAAUGGUUUAAAUCACGCACCACAUAAAAAUUCAUCUAUUGUUAAAUAAAAAAAAAGAAAAGAAGUCGAGGAAAUUGGGGAAGUAAUUAGGGUUUUCUGGUGUCUUGUUAGGGUUUCAGUUUUCAGAUUUUAGUGAAAACUGCAUUCUCAAUUUCCCAUGUCAUGAAAUCAGACGGAACGCCAAUAUCAAUCUACCCUCUACAUCGUCCCCUGAGUUCCUUCUGCGCAGCAGCAAUAGAAUAAGCACAAGCAAAAGCGGCUCAUCUUUCGUCGCCAACCACCUCCAAAUCUUCUCUAGGCUUUCGUAUCGACGACAACGUUCAAGAUCCGUUGUUUCGCGUAUGCCAGUUGUGUCUUUCCUGAAGAAUUGCAGCUUUGACGGUAAUGCUCUUAUGGCUUCUAAAUUCUAGCUAUGGGUAUGGGUUGGAUUCAUUAUUUAAUUCAUGGAACUGGAUUUUCUCGUUAAUUUUUCUGCCUAGGGAGUUCUUUCUGUAAAGUUUUCUCUGCCGGGCGUGAUUCUGAUUGUGAGAUGUCAAGAGAGCUGUAGUAAUAGUUACACUUGCCAGUUUCUGUAGCAAACUGUUUUCGUGUGGGUUGCUAUCUAUUUAGGCCAUUACUCCUAGUCCUAGACUUCCUAAUUGUUGUAUAUUUGGGUGAGUUUGGCGUGAUUUGUAGGUUGAUGUCAUAUUCUUCAAUUUCAUUUCUUUCUCAAAUAAUUACAUUUUGGUGCGUCUGUUUUGCUUCAAUUGCAUUUUUUUUUAUCUACUGCGUUUCUGCAAGAAAAUUGUGAUGGAUAAUAUGGGACCAACUUUACUUGAGUGCUUUUGUCAAAAACUUCCCACCCUGAGUAUUUAAGAUUGCAUGCAAAAUUUCAAAUGUGCUCAUUUGCAUCUAAACUGUUAAAGAAACGAUAUAUUUGCUCAAUUGCAUGUAAUUGCACGUUUUACCCUCCCAAACACAUCCAAUGACACAUUCAUUUAUUAGGAGAUCGUGUUACCAGUGUUGCUUCUCCAUAUAUUGGAUGGCUGUAGUGUAGAUCCACUGGAGCUUUGUUGUAAUACCUUAUGGGUGCGCCCAAACAAAAGUGGACAGCAGAUGAAGAAGCAGCCUUGAAAGCCGGAGUUAUCAAGCAUGGUGCUGGAAAAUGGAGGACAAUACUUAAGGAUCCUGAAUAUAGUGGUGUCUUAUACCUCCGAUCGAAUGUGGACCUCAAGGACAAAUGGCGAAACAUGAGUGUUAUGGCAAAUGGAUGGAGCUCUAGGGAGAAGUCCAAGUUAGCUGUCAAGCGGGUGCACCAUGUUCCGAAACUCGAAGAGAGUCCUUUGCCUGCUGAUAAUGAUGUCAAAAGUGAUGACGCUGCUGUGGAUGUCAAGGCUCAUGAAGUUCCUCUGAUGCCUAUUCCUUCUCAAAACAGAUCUACCAUAAGGCUGGGUAAUCUAAUUCUGGAGGCUAUUGCCACCUUGAAGGAGCCUGCUGGUUCACAUAAGACAGCGAUUGCUUCAUACAUAAAGGUAAAUAUGCUGAGAGAAGUCAAAUGCUGGUGUUACUGGCUGGAAUAAUUAGUUGCACUGGAUUGACUUUACAUCCACGGGUUUUGUGUUUACUUCAGUUACCGUGCGGUUGAAUCUGGUCUUCCUUGGUGCGGUUUCUAACUUUUAGAGCUCUGACUUCGUCAUAUGUUUUCCCUUUUAAAAUCUAUUAGUAUAAUCAGAGUGGUCUUAUUCGUUCCAUGGUUUGUUGCUAAGCAUGGGUGGCCUCUUAAUAUUCAGUUUGAAUGAUAUUACCACACAUUCGCUUAUAAGAUUUUAUAAAACUAAUAAAACCUUGAUCUUUCUUAUGAGGAUGCAGCUGAUAUUGAUAUUCCAAAUUUGAUAGUCCUUGUUGAUUUAUGUAGGAGCAAUAUUGGCCACCUCAAGAUUUUAAGAGGAUAUUGUCAGCAAAAUUGAAGCAUUUGACUUCGUCUGGCAAACUGAUCAAGGUAAUUAUUUGAUCACAUUGGUUAGUAUAAUAAAUGCAAUUCUUUCUUACUUACAUACCUGAAUAAAAUUUUAGCUGGCAGGGUAGAUUGCCAUCAUUCAUGUUUUGGCCGCAUAAACAUUGGUUCUACUUCAUAUUGAUGAAGAAAGCAAUUCAGUCAGUUCAUUCUUAAGAGUCUGUUUGUGGGUUUGGCGGUAAGGUAUAUCUGUAUGGAUAGAGGUGGCAAUUUCAACCCAAUCCACCAAUCCAAUCCAUCAAUCCAUUAAAAAUAUCCACCUAAUCCAAUCCAUUUAAAUCCAAUCCAUUUAAUCCAAAUCCAAUUGGAUUGGUGGAUUCAUGGAUUGGAUCCAUGGAUCAUUGGCAAAUUACGGUUUAGUACCUAUAAUUUUUAUUUUUUACAUUUUGGUACCUAAAAUUUAAUUUUUUAUACGAAAAAUACCAUUGGAAAAUUACGUUUUGGUACCUAAAAUUUUUCAUUAUGACAUUUUAGUACCUAAACUUUUUACAUUUUACAUAUUGAUCCUUGGUUGAGGAUGUCAUUUGGAUUCAUGGAUAAUCCACCAAUCCACUUGAUCCAAUCCAUGAAUCCACCAAUCCAUUAGAUCCAAUCCAUUUGAUCCAUGGAUCCACCAAUCCAAUCCAUCAAUCCACCAAUCCAAUCCAUUUGCCACCUCUAUGUAUGGAUAUGCGGAAAUUUGUUUUUGAUUUCUUCCCUAAGAGUUCAGAGCCCUCCAAUUUAGAGCUGUGGUUUGCAUUUCCAGCCAUGUAAUGUUUGAUUCCCUGUUUUGAUAGCUAGCAUGUUCCUCCUUUUUUCCUGCAUUCCAGAAGGAUCGAGAAUGGUUGAUGGCAGGAGACCAGUCUUUUUGGCUGUAUAACUUGUGCAGUUGUGUCAUACUGCUGUCAAAUUAGUUGGGGAAAAAAUCUGGCAGAAAAUUAAAUGCCACCUUAUUUUCUGGUUCUUUUAAUUUUGAUUCUUCAUUGUUUGUACUGCAGGUCAAACGCAAGUACAGGGAAGCACCAGCUUCAUUUUCCAACAGGAGUGUGUCCAUGUUUCUGCUGGAAGGAAGAGAUAGGUUAUUUCGAAGAGCUGAGCGACUGGAGGAUUUUAACGUGGCUAGAAAACCACAGGUUGACUGUGAGCUAUCUAGGAUGAGAAAAAUGAGUGCAAGAGAGGCAGCAGCUGUGGCUGAUCAAUUAGUUUCGGAGGCAGAGGCUGCCAUGGCAGAAGCAGAAGAGGCAGUAAGAGACGCUGAGGCCGCCGAAGCUCGUGCAGAGAAGGCAGUAGCAUUUUCUGAAGCGGCAACGAAGACAAUGAAAGGAAGGACCAAUUCUAAGGCAGUAAACACUUAUGGACCCC